AUGGUGACAGUUAAAGGAAACGGAAGGGGAAGCUCUCCGCACCGGAAGCAGCUCGGCGGUGUUGUCACGGUAACCAGCGGCCUGGCAGUCAGAGCGGAAAGCCCCGAGCUCGAGGGGAAUUCCGGAGCCAAACAGCCCGCUGAUUGGUGGAGGAGGCAGAAGUAUUAUUCCUGCGUCCACAGACCUUUGGCCCUUAGUCACACGCAGAGGCUAGAGGCCCUUAGGCUGGAGGCCCUUAGUCACACGCAGAGGCUAGAGGCCCUUAGGCUGGAGGCCCUUAGUCACACGCAGAGGCUAGAGGCCCUUAGUCACACGCAGAGGCUGGAGGCCCUUAGGCUGGAGGCCCUUAGUCACACGCAGAGGCUAGAGGCCCUUAGGCUGGAGGCCCUUAGUCACACGCAGAGGCUAGAGGCCCUUAGGCUGGAGGCCCUUAGUCACACGCAGAGGCUGGAGGCCCUUAGGCUAGAGGCCCUUAGUCACACGCAGAGGCUAGAGGCCCUUAGUCACACGCAGAGGCUAGAGGCCCUUAGUCACACGCAGAGGCUGGAGGCCCUUAGUCACACGCAGAGGCUAGAGGCCCUUAGGCUAGAGGCCCUUAGUCACACGCAGAGGCUGGAGGCCCUUAGUCACACGCAGAGGCUGGAGGCCCUUAGUCACACGCAGAGGCUGGAGGCCCUUAGUCACACGCAGAGGCUAGAGGCCCUUAGGCUAGAGGCCCUUAGUCACACGCAGAGGCUGGAGGCCCUUAGUCACACGCAGAGGCUAGAGGCCCUUAGGCUAGAGGCCCUUAGUCACACGCAGAGGCUAGAGGCCCUUAGUCACACGCAGAGGCUGGAGGCCCUUAGGCUAGAGGCCCUUAGUCACACGCAGAGGCUGGAGGCCCUUAGUCACACGCAGAGGCUAGAGGCCCUUAGGCUAGAGGCCCUUAGGCUAGAGGCCCUUAGUCACACGCAGAGGCUGGAGGCCCUUAGGCUAGAGGCCCUUAGUCACACGCAGAGGCUAGAGGCCCUUAGUCACACGCAGAGGCUGGAGGCCCUUAGGCUAGAGGCCCUUAGUCACACGCAGAGGCUGGAGGCCCUUAGUCACACGCAGAGGCUAGAGGCCCUUAGGCUAGAGGCCCUUAGUCACACGCAGAGGCUAGAGGCCCUUAGUCACACGCAGAGGCUAGAGGCCCUUAGUCACACGCAGAGGCUAGAGGCCCUUAGUCACACGCAGAGGCUAGAGGCCCUUAGUCACACGCAGAGGCUAGAGGCCCUUAGUCACACGCAGAGGCUAGAGGCCCUUAGUCACACGCAGAGGCUAGGCCCUUAGUCACACGCAGAGGCUAGAGGCCCUUAGUCACACGCAGAGGCUAGGCCCUUAGUCACACGCAGAGGCUAGAGGCCCUUAGGCUAGAGGCCCUUAGUCACACGCAGAGGCUAGAGGCCCUUAGUCACACGCAGAGGCUAGAGGCCCUUAGGCUGGAGGCCCUUAGUUACACGCAGAGGCUAGAGGCCCUUAGGCUGGAGGCCCUUAGUCACACGCAGAGGCUAGAGGCCCUUAGGCUGGAGGCCCUUAGUCACACGCAGAGGCUAGAGGCCCUUAGUCACACGCAGAGGCUGGAGGUGAGGCUUUAUAGGGUUGGAUCAUCUCUCUUUAUACUUUGGUUGAGAUUUGCAGAAGAAGAAUUAAAGCUGUGAAACCGAAGUUUGUGCAAAAAACUGUAAACGCUGAGAAAUCCUGCAGACAGACAGGAAACAGACAGACAGGAAACAGACA